AUGGAUGAGAAGGCUUACGAGUCGGGGUCCAAGGUGCCCCAGGUCGCUGGGGAGUCACUGCCACAGUAUGGCGUGUCGGAGCCCACCAAGGGUAGCUUCGGUCAGCGUAUCAUCGACAGCUUCAAGCGCGAUCCUAAUGCUCGUGUGACCACCGGAGAUCACUCUGGUGCCGAUGGCUCCGGAUUCGAUGCCGAGCAGGCCGCUGAAAACACCGCGCAUUCGCCUCUUCAACGCAGCCUGAAGGGUCGUCACUUGCAGAUGAUUGCCAUCGGUGGUUCAAUUGGUACUGGUCUCUUCGUCGGUUCUGGAUCCGUGUUGGCUGCAGGUGGUCCCGCCUCUGUGAUUAUCGCCUACUGUCUCAUCGGUGUCAUGCUCUACUGUACAGUCCACGCUCUGGGUGAGAUGGCUGUCUUGUUCCCCGUUGCCGGUUCUUUCGCCCACUAUUCCACUCGUUUCGUCGACCCUGCCUGGGGAUUCGCCAUGGGGUGGAACUAUGCGCUCCAGUGGUUGAUUGUCUUACCUCUCGAAAUUGUCGCCGCCUCGAUCACCAUCGAUUACUGGCACCCUGGCGUGUCGAAUGCCGCCUGGGUCGCUAUCUUUUGGGUGAUGAUCGUCUCCAUCAACAUGUUCGGCGUGAAGGGAUAUGGUGAAGCCGAGUUUGUCUUCUCGCUCAUCAAGGUCGUUGCCGUCAUUGGCUUCAUCAUCCUCGGAAUCGUUCUGAACUGCGGUGGUGGUCCUCAGGGUGGUUAUAUUGGUGGAAAGUACUGGAGCAACCCAGGCGCAUUCCACAAUGGCUUCAAGGGUCUCUGCAGUGUCUUUGUCAACGCCGCUUUUGCGUUCGCGGGUACCGAGCUGGUCGGUCUCGCCGCGGCCGAGACUGCUAACCCUCGCAAGUCGCUCCCCGGUGCUAUCAAGCAGGUGUUCUGGCGGAUCGCUCUCUUCUACAUCGUCGCGCUUACCGUCGUCGGUCUCUUGGUUCCCUACAACGAAGAGAGACUCCUGUCUGGUAGCUCCUCCGCCGACGCCAAGGCAUCUCCCUUUGUCAUCGCCAUCGAGAACGCCGGUAUCAAGGGCCUGCCCUCCGUCAUGAACGUAGUGAUCAUGAUUGCUGUCCUGUCCGUCGGUAACUCCUCCGUCUACGGAUCUUCCCGUACCCUGGCCGCUCUCGCCGAGCAGGGCCAAGCACCCCGUUUCCUGGCCUACAUUGAUCGCAAGGGUCGUCCCCUCUGGGCCAUCUUUGUGGCCUCGGCUCUGGGUCUCCUCUGCUUCCUGGCUGCUUCGGACAAGCAGACCAUUGCUUUUGGCUGGAUGAUGGCCAUCUCUGGUCUUUCGUCCAUCUUCACCUGGGGCUCCGUCUGCUUCGCGCAUAUCCGUUUCCGCCGUGGCUGGAAGGCCCAGGGCCACAGCUUGGACGAGCUGGCCUUCCAAUCCCAACCCGGUGUGAUCGGCUCCUGGAUUGGCUUCAUCUUCAACUGUCUGGUGCUGGUCGCUCAGUUCUGGGUUGGAUUCGCCCCCAUUGGCUACGCCGAUAUGACCACUGCUGAAUUGGUCAAGUCCUUCUUCUCCAGCUACCUCGCUGCCCCUGUUGUUUUGCUGUUCUACAUUCCGUACAAGUUUAUCUACAAGACCAAGUUCAUCCGGGCUCACGAGAUGGAUCUUUCCACUGGUCGUCGUGAUCUUGACAUCCAGCACUUGAUUGAUCAAGAGCGUGCGGAGCAGGCCGCCUGGCCCCGCUGGAAGAAGAUCUACAAGAUCUUUUGCUGA